UCUUAUUCGUCCAUCAUAAAUGGCCUAAACCAAAGGCUAACAAUCUUCCCUUUAUAUAAAUCCACUUCCCUUUAUCUCAAUUUACCUUAAAAAAAAUAUUCAACAACAACGCACCCCAAUCAAAAGUUCAAAACAAUGUACACCAUAACCAAUAACCUCUUCACUCUUUCAAUCAUCACCACAACCUUAUUCUUCGUCUCCUCCCAUGCAGCCACAUUCGAAGUCCGCAAUGAUUGCUCGUACACCGUCUGGGCAGCGGCCAGCCCCGGCGGUGGCCGCCGUCUGGAUCGUGGCCAAACAUGGACUUUCAACGUAGCCGCGGGCACAAAGAUGGCCCGCAUAUGGGGUAGGACCAACUGUAACUUCGAUAGCAGCGGCCGCGGCCGCUGCCAAACAGGAGACUGUGGUGGGGUCCUCCAAUGCCAAGGGUGGGGACAACCUCCAAACACACUAGCUGAGUACGCCUUAAACCAAUACAACAACCUUGACUUCAUUGACAUCUCCUUAGUGGAUGGUUUCAACAUCCCCAUGGAUUUUAGCUCCACUACGGGAAGGUGUAGGGGAAUAAGGUGCACUGCUGACAUUAAUGGGCAGUGCCCUAGCCAACUUAGGGCUCCCGGGGGUUGUAACAAUCCAUGUACUGUGUUCAAGACCAAUGAGUAUUGUUGUACCAAUGGUCAGGGAAGCUGUGGGCCCACCCAAUUCUCAAAGUUUUUCAAGAAUCGGUGCCCUGAUGCUUAUAGUUAUCCUCAAGAUGACCCCUCCUCCACUUUUACUUGUCCUGGUGGGACUAACUAUAGAGUUGUGUUUUGCCCUGGAAAGUAGGGAAAAUUCACAUUAUUUGGGUUUCUAAUGACGAUGAUAAGGCUGAGUCUAUAUCAGCUGAAUUCAUCAUCUAUAUUAAUAUAUUUAUAUAUGUUUUAAUUACAUGUGUAGGUGGUGCCUACUGCCUGCUAUAGCUGGUUGAUCACAGUAUAGUGUGUAGUUUGUGCUUACAUAAUAAAAAUCCUUGAAAUUAAUAUAAAAGGUUUUCUUCCUUGGAAA